AUGGAUUGCAAUUUCACGCCCAUCUGUUUAUGCCCUAUAUUUCCAAUGGCAAGUGAUGUUUCAAAGAGGAGUAGCAUAACUUUGAUGGCCCAUUCCAGUACAAGAAUCUGCUACAGAAAGAUACCUAAAAACAUUCGUUAUCCGCGACGCUCCAAGCUUCCUCCGGAUUUUGGGGUUAAUCUGUUCUUGAAGAAGCCUCAAACGGAUUCAAUUCAAGAUCACAGUAAUGAGUUAACUGAAGAGGAGGAGGAGGAGGACGGAAUCGAAGAAAAUAGUGGCGAUUUAGUUUGGGAAUCAAAAGAGAUUGAAGCAAUAUCAUCUCUUUUUCGUGGGAGGAUCCCUCAAAAACCUGGGAAAUUAGGUAGAGAAAGACCUCUCCCUCUUCCUGUUCCUUACAAGUUAAGGCCUUUAGGACUUCCUACACCCAAAAAACAUGUUAAUAAAAAGGUUUCUUUGAGACGGGCAUCUGUAUCCCGUCAAAUCUACAAGAACCCAAGUUUUCUUAUCGGUUUGGCCAAGGAGAUUAAAAUUCUUAACCCGGAUCAAGAUGUGUCUGUAGUUCUUGAUAAUUGCUAUCGUUACUUGCGUAAGGGGUCAUUAUCGUUAACCAUUCGAGAGUUGGGUCAUUUGGGUCUUCCUGAGAGAGCUCUGCAGACGUUCUGCUGGGUUCAGAAGCAACCUCAGCUUUUCCCUGAUGAUCGUGUUUUGGCUUCCACGGUUGAAGUUUUGGCGAGGAAUCAUGACUUGAAAGUGCCAUUCAACUUGGAGAAGUUUACUAGUUUGGCUAGUCGGGGCGUGAUUGAAGCAAUGGUUAAAGGGUUGAUUAGAGGUGGUAGCUUAAAGCUUGCCUGGAAGCUUAUUUCAAUUGCCAGGGAUGGUAAAAGAAUGUUAGACCCCAGCGUUUAUGCAAAGAUUAUACUGGAGCUGGGGAAGAACCCUGAUAAACAUGUGCUUGCAGCAGCAUUGUUAGAUGAACUUGCGGAAAGAGAAGAUUUGAAGUUAAGCCAGCAGGACUGUACUGCUGUAAUGAAAGUUUGCAUUAAGCUUGGGAAAUUUGAAGCUGUGGAAAGCCUGUUUAAUUGGUUUAGACAAUCUGGGCAUGAGCCAAGUGUAGUUAUGUACACUACUCUUGUUCACAGUCGUUAUAUGGAGAAGAAAUAUAGGGAGGCUUUGGCUGUGGUUUGGGAAAUGGAGGGCUCAGAUUGUCUCUUCGAUCUCACAGCUUAUCGUGUGGUUAUAAAACUUUUUGUUGCGUUGAAUGAUCUACCGAGGGCUGUAAGAUAUUUUUCGAAACUCAAGGAAGCAGGUCUCUCUCCAACAUAUGACAUAUACAGGAACUUGAUUACAGUUUAUAUGGUUUCUGGACGGCUGGCAAAGUGUAAGGAAAUCUGGAAGGAGGCAGACAUGGCAGGAUUCAUGUUUAACAAGGAAAUGGAAGCAAGGUUGUUGCAACUUAAAAGAGAAACGAGGUUAGUUGAAACACACUCAGAAAAACACUGGCAUUACAAAUUUAGUACAAGAAUGAAGGAAUUACUUGGCAGCUAA